AUGAGACACACCUUACAGUAUAAACCUGCUCAACUUGCGGCUUUUCAAUACCUCGAUUGCUACAUCCUGCAUGAAGCAAUUCAAUCAGCCAGUCAUAUCCAUGUGCUCUACUAUCUUAAUUUGGAUAUGCAUUUUCUCACCCCUACUAUGCUAUUUCAAGUGGUUGAAGAAGCCCCUUCCCCUAAGCAGCUUCACUCUCAAAUAGAAUACAUUCUUCCUGCUGCCACAAUCAUUCCCAUUCCUCCACCAAUCUUCCACUCAUAG